CAAUAUAAACCACCAAAAGAAGAAAAAAGGCAGACGACGGAAGAGACCUUUGGAUUAUCACAAUUUGUCAGUAAAUGAUACUCGUUAAAUACGAUCAAACAUGAAUGAAGAGAAGUAUCCGCGAUCAUCUAUUGAGGAUGAUUUUAAUUAUGGCACGAACGUCGCGACAGCGAGUGUGCACAUCCGGAUGGAUUUCCUCCGCAAGGUCUACACCAUCCUUUCACUGCAGAUUAUCAUCACCACUGCUGUAUCUGCCCUUUUCAUGCUCUGCAACCCCAUUAAAACAUUUGUGCACGAAAGUCCCGCUCUGGUGCUGAUAUCUGCUAUCGGGUCCCUUAUCCUGCUUCUUGCAUUGGCUGUGUACCGUCACCAGCACCCCGUCAAUCUUUAUUUGCUGUUUGGAUUUACUCUGCUGGAGUCUCUGUCUGUAGCCACUGCAGUGUCAUUUUAUGAGUACGCAAUAGUGCUUCAGGCCUUUGUGCUCACGUCUGCCGUGUUCCUGGGUCUCACUGCCUACACUUUCCAGUCUAAAAGAGACUUCAGCAAGCUCGGAGCCAGUCUGUUUGCUGGCCUGUGGAUCUUGAUCAUUGCAAGCUUUAUGAGGCUUUUCUUCUACAACGACACAAUGGAGUUGGUCUUCGCCGGGGCUGGAGCUCUGCUGUUCUGCGGGUUCAUUAUUUUCGAUACCCACUUGCUGAUGCAUAAGCUGUCCCCCGAGGAACACGUUCUGGCAUCCAUCAAUCUGUACCUGGACAUAGUCAACCUGUUCCUGUACAUCCUGCGCAUUCUCGACUCCAUGAAGAAACACUGAAUGUUGUGAUGCUCUUCUUCAAUUUCAGAGGUGAAUCUGGGUGCAGUGCUGGGAGUGGUACAAAAAUAUUAUACUUUGAUUUUCUUUAACUUAAAUUUUGACACUGUUUGAACUAAUCGAAUUAUAAUGUAUUGUUAAUUAGAAUCCAAAUUAAG